AAUUGCGUGGAGUUGCAUGUGGAUUAUGCCAGGUUUACUCUCAGUGGAUUCCCUUUUUCUCUCUCUUCUAUGAUGUUUUUCCAUGGGACCUGGAUAUGUAUUUUUCUGACUGCGGUUUUAGCAGAAGUGCACAACCUGGUGUUAACAGUCCGGCCGUCCGUUUCAACUGUAAAUGAAGGAUACAAUACAGAUGUGAACUGCUCAGUUGUGAAUAAAAUAAAUCCCGCUCUGCCUGUGUAUUGGAAGGCACUUGGGAAAUACCAACAACAGCCCAUUACAGAAAACUGCCAUGUUAAUCAGCUCUUCCAUCGGACUUUUAAUCUAUCAGAGUGUCAACAUAAGAAUGAUUCGGGACACUAUGUGUUGCACCUGCGGUCAGUCCAGUGGAAUGAUAGUGGGAUGUAUGAAUGUGCCUAUGAUGGACGUGCUGACAGGGUUGCCCUGGUUGUCUAUACUAAAAUCCGUGACAUGGAAAUUACGCAAUCUUUGAAGGGAGCUAAUGCUUUUGAAUAUAAAGAGUCAAUUACGCGGAUGGUUCACCUUCCCCCUGGGGCCAUUCUCUACCUCAACUGCACCACAGGAUGCGCGUAUCCUUCACCAACAAUCAAGUGGAAGUUGGGAACAAGCAUGGGCCACGAAAAGCAAGUUCCUAGGGCAAAUUAUUCCACAAAAUCAGAAAAAUGCUCGAGUCCACCUCCAAUGUAUGUAGGUGCAUACGUCAUGCAAGCUAGAGUGAUGAGCACUUUGACAAUCUACGGAAAAAACAUUACGGGGACCAGGCACGCUAAAGUCGAACGUUAUAGCUGCAUCGCCUCAAAUAGUGCCACGGGGGCAUUUACAACUUCAGAAUUCUCAGUGGAAUUUGCAGGUAAUGAACUUGGUGCGGUCCUCUCCAUUGCAGGUAAUGAACUUGGUGCUUCCAGCCAAUCGACAACAACUCAGACGAGAUCGUGGCCGUUGUUUGUCAUCACCGUUGUCAUGACAACAGUAGCUAAGUUAGCACUAUAGUCAUCAUGUUCCUAGAGACUUCCAUUCCUCGCUAAAGGGAGAUGACACCCAGCGCUACCUUCAAAGCGGCACUGACUCUGCGAUCAGGUGAAAGGCCAUUGAUAGAAGAUCCCGCAUAUCAUGUGUGAGAAGUCAUCUUCACAUGCGUCCAUAACACAACCGUUGUUAAUAGAAUUUGUUUAUUUGAUUUCAAUUUCAAAACGAUGUCAGAAUUCCAUGCUUUAUCAGGUUUCUUAUGAAUCAGUUUUAUUGAUUCAAGACCAGGUGUUAGGUUUGAAAUAUGGGUGGUUUGAAAUAUGGGUGCGGCUCCAACCUAGUAUAUACUAUGAUGGUAUUUUAUGAUACUUGAUGAUAAGAAGGGAUUCAUUAUCAAUUCAACUGGAUCAAAUGAACAUCUUAUGUGGUCCAUUUUAUCUGAUCUUAGGUAAUUUUGAAGCAAGUCCUCCAAAACCUGGCUGAAUUUUCAUGGCAAUUUUGGCAAACUAAUUGCCAAGUAAAUGGUUUUUUUUCGCAGUGUUGCAUUUUACCAAUUUUGGUGGCGAGGAGGAUGUGAAAUUAUGACACAUACAUGAUUUACCGCUGUAGAGUAGGCUUUGUCCAAGUAUUUAGAAGUAUAUCAACUUCACCAUGAUGGCAUAAUUUUAUCUUCUCACUUUUUGUGAAAAUCUGCAUUUAUUUCCUUACAAUUUGGAUCGUACAAAUUAUGUUGGUCGGUGUUAUAUCUGUUAAUAUUUUUACUGAUGCACUAUCAUUUACAUAGAGAUGAAAAUCAAAAUUUCAAAGAAAUUGUGUUGUGUUUUCCUGAUAAAGCAUCAUAUUUUUUGUUUGCGUAGUUAUUUAUUAAUGUAUUAUUUAUUCAUAUUGAACAUGUAAUCAUAUAUUCAACAGUUUCAAAGAUUAGGCGUAUACGCACUUCCCUUGAUGGCUGGUAUAAAGAGAGUUGUUUGAUUUACCUAAGGCAGGUACAGAAUUGAGCUUUUCACGUAUUGUCAUACUUGGUAAAAACUUAAAAACUGCAUCUGUAAAUACAAAGAAUACUUUACAUAGGCACUGGUUAGGGCAUUGAUUUAAUGUUAUUUGUUAUUGUGUGUGAGAUAUACUUUCAGAAGUUUGAAACAAUAUUCGGAUCUAUGAGUUUUUUUCAAAAUAGACUGGCUGGGUGAGCUGUCCAUGAACUUGGAAUCUAUCGCUGCAGAUGAUCAGUGCGUGCCGUUACGCACAAAACAAAUAACCUUCACCUCGAAAAAGGGUUAAUUAUUCUUGGGUGUUUCACAAAAGACUUCUCUGAUCUCCAACUCUAUUUUGACACUUGCGCUGUAAAAAACAGCCGUUUUGAUUACUCAACAUGGUUGAUGUAGCAAGGGCCAAGACUCUUAGAGGAAUUAGUUCUACAACGUUUCACAGAAAUUAUUAAAAAGUUCUUUUAUGUUCCACCGUAGCCUUCCUUCGCCCUUGGCAGCUUCCACUAAAAUAAAAAGCCACAAUGGGCAGCACACAGGUUUGGCUUUGUUGUGUUGGCUAACUCGAUCUUUCGGAUUAAAAUCAUGGAGAUUAAAUCAUGACGCUCUCUCCAAGAUACACUCAGAAGAUAUUUCGAUGUUUCAAGAGAUCGUUGUAGAGACGACUGUGCUCCUUGAGGAGCGGGCGCCUAAUUAGCUCAUAAUGGUAGCUGUCUUUGAUCUGGGAGUUUAUGAGGUACAAUUGUAAUUACAUGCCCAUGGGAGACAGGCUUAGCGAAAAACCACCAACUUUUUGUGUGGGCGAAAAUUGAGGAGGAUGCUACCUCUUAUACUGCUCUGAAGGUUAUGAAGAUUGUAAAUCUGAAAAAAUAUAUUUUACCAAAAUCGGUAUAUUGGUUGUAGAGAAAUCUUGUGUUGGCAAGCAUUGGGACUGUUGUCUUUAGCAGUAUCACUCUAUCAACUCAACUUGUGAUGACAAUUUGUCUAAAAUCAAAAACAGUGUUACACACUAUUCUUCAGUCUGACCUCGUUCAUUUAGUUCAUAUUGUUUAUAUUUCAAUCAAAAUGAGGUUGAUCAAAUCUUCCAGUUUUCCUUUCAAAUCUGAACCCUAAAUAAGGAGCUUUCUGCUCAGUUUGAUUGUCUCAGUUGUAUUAAUGUAUCAUGUUGAUUAACAUGCAUUCACUGCAUGAAAUUAGACUUUUCAAUUGUUUGUGUUACCAGUAAAGCCAUAAUAAUUGUAUCAUUAUUUAACAUUAUGACAAAUGUAUAAUUGGAGGAACUUAAAAUGUGAUAUUCUGCAAAAACAUUUUGACCUGAACAUUAUUCUCUCCUGUUAUGGCAAAAUUUUGCUCCUCUCUUUUUUCAUUUUUGUGGAUUGCAAUUUUUUUCUCAAAAUUCUUGUGAAAAUUUACUGGUUUACAGUAUUCAUACAGCAUUUAAUUGAAUAUACAUCAACAUGUUCCAGAAUCUAUGAAAUCAAAUGGAUCACGAUGGUGGUAAGACCUGUCCAAACAUAGAUAAAGGGAACAGAGGUGCGUCACUUUAUACAUAAUCGAAAAAUAUAAUUUGUGAUUAAUAGCAACUUUAAGAAGUGAAUGCAGAUCUCUCCAAAUACGAAAAAAUCUGCAACUUCUGGAUCUCACUGACAAUAGAGUAUUCAAAGAAAUGAGGUCAUUGUAUGCCAGUUCGCUUGUAAAUAUAUUUGUGUGUUUUUACAUUGUUUAUAUUUUUGUAUCAUUCGGGAAUCACAUGAUGUAAAUACGUAUGAUACUGAAAGAAUACACAGAAAAUUUUUCUGGUGUUCUUAGUCACAUGCUCCAGUCAAAUGAGUAGCAGACUACAUGCCAUAUAAAAUCAAACCAGAGGUGCAUUUAAAAUAUAUUUAUUGUAGAAUUUGUGACAAUUGUAACUGAAAUUUUGGCACCUUACCAUGACAUGUAUUUGAAGUCACAUGAAACUUUUCAAAUUGUAUCAUGACGUUUGUGUCAAAAUCUGAUCUAUUUUAUUUUUAACUUAUAUCAUUACACUCAAUUGUAAUGUAUGUAUUUAUAACUAUACACCUAUAUUAAUCUAGCCAUGGCAUUUAUGUGCACUUUAUAUCACGUUCUUUAGACUAUCAAAUCUGGUUGUGCGCACCAUUGUUGUUUGAUAUAUUCUUGUGCCUCACUUGAUGUAACAAUGUCUGCAUAUCAAUCGAUGUCUACCAACCAAUCCAGCCUCAUUAUCAUUCUAGUUCCUCAUAUCAAAGCAAUUUUUUAUAUCGUAUCAAUCAGAAGCAAAAGCGCCCAAUUGGUUGUUGGCAGUGUAUUAAUUUCUAAAAAUUGAUAUGAGCAGAAAUUGAUAUAAUGCAAGAAUGAAAUAAUUUGAAUCUCAGCAAGCUCAUUCCAGAUUGCUAGGGAAGCUCAUAACACUGUUUGUGUGGUGCAAUGGCAGUGGGGUAGCUUGGCUGUGCUUUGAAAUCAUGAACAGGUCCUGCGCAGCACAUUCCCAGGAGCAGAUCUAAUUGAUGACCUAAUUAAGCUCUAUUCUAUAAGGAACAAUGGUAUCGCCAUGCCGACGCAAACAUUAAAGAAUCUGCCAUCAAAACCAGCCUCUCUUUGAUUCUGUUUCCGACCACAUCACUUGGUUGUGAGCUACUACAAGUGAACAUUAAAAAUGCUUCGUCACAACAGAGCCAACAUCAGAGGAACUCUCGUUCUUGAUGUUAAGGACAAUCCUUUAAUCUUUCAGAUUGUUUUGUUGAGCAAUGAACUAAGAAAGUAAAUUACAGCCUGUCUUGGGUUCUGAAGUUUCUGGUUGUGUUCCAGGUUAGGGCUGCUUUUUUAGCCCUUUGCUGAAUGUGCUACUGGCCAUUGUGGUCACUACCUGAAGGACCUCACUGACCUGUCAUAUUAGCUUCCCACAGUACACAAGCAAGGGUGUAAAAGCCUAUAGCAGCUGGGCCUUCACCCUUUGUUGUUGUUACAAACAUGGUUGGAAGCUAAGGUACUGUGGCUAACUGUAAAUAUAUCGUAAAAAGUGAAUGUACCACACUGUGGGUCAGUGGUGCUGUAGGGGUGGUGUUUUCUGCACCGUUCUUGAAGUCAAGGGUAGCGAA